UCUCAGUUCUACGUUCUACUUAUUGCAUGAGUGUAAUGUCACCAGCGCUGCUCCAAGAACGAAGUGAUUGCUCUCCAAGACUGAACUGAUUCGUUGCAGAUAUUACAACUUUCUCGAAAUGAUGCUACACAAAGUGCAUACUCGACAUAUUGAAGGCAUCUUCUUUAAUGCUCUUCUUCUUAUUGGAGUCACGUUAUUGAUUUGUCAACAUAUCGCAAAGGCGGAUGAAGUACCUGCAUUUUUUCUGAAGAUUGCUAAAAACCCUACUCUCCCAAGAAUCGGCCGAAGCGAAAGAUUUCAAAAUUUCUUUUACAAAGCCGAAAAACAUAUACCUCGUAUCGGUAGAUAUAGUGAACAGUCGAGCGAUUCCUCACCGCUGCAAAACGAGCAAGAAAAUUACUCCAGUUUGACCAAACGACGCAUCGAUUAUCCUUCGAAAGCGGAAGAAUGGACCUGGCAAACUUUUCCUCUAGCAAUUGAAGGUCCAAGAGAGCUAUGGCGAACGUUGGCUGGAUAUUCAAAAGAUAACAACGAUGACAUCGAUAACGAAGUUUGGCAAAGAAAGAAGAGAACUGAGACUGGGGCCAUGACUACGCAGGCAAACUAGAAAAGUUCUUCGUCGCAGAGAUACAUCGCUUCGGGGAUAUUAAACGCAUAUGUUAUACGAUCUUCGCUGUUAUGGUGACGGGAAAACAAUCGAUAAUAAUAAUAACAAAAAAAAACGCGCAAAUGCAGUUAUAGCUUACAUCCUUCUUCGACUUUUGCGAUAAUUUUAUAGAGUUCUCUUCACCAAAUAGUCAGUUCUUUAAAUUAAAGUUAUAUAAUGUUUUCUCUUAUGCAAUAUUGUACAAUGAAGUGUAGUGUUAUAAUUACAAAACAUAAAUACAAAAACAUAAAUACUUCUUAGAGAAUAAAGUGGCUGAAUGUAGAUUUCAUAUUUAAACAACUUUACUGACUGUAUUUAUCAAUGUUCAAAUAUUUA